AUGUCGUCGCAGGCCAUUGCGACGUCGUCAAGAGGUCUGCCAGAUCUCCCAUCAUGGACCGCUGGUUCGAACCUACAUCAGAACGACAGUGAUUCCAACCACGACCAUCAACCCGAACAGCGCCACAUGAAGCCGUCCAUACCAAGCCAUCCCUCGUGGGAUGACCUAGAUAUCGAAACGCGGAAUCAUGCUGUGGGCAGUCUGCUCGCGGCUCUUACCCCCGUCGGUCAAACCCAACCCCCGGAUCAGACCGCAACUGCGCCCGCCAGAACAGACAUGGUGCCCGUGCCAGACCACAGCCUUGAUGCCUCGCCUGAGACACUGGGGGCAGAAACAAACAAUAUCAACCUAGAAACAGACCCUGACAACCUCCUUCCUCCUCUGCCGCUGCAAAGCCACGAGGACUUUCUCGCUUCCGGCGGGCUGCCUCCAUUGCCUCCUUCGUUAGCCAUGGAUUCUUUUACGCAACCCUUGCCGCUGCCCUUGGGACCAGAUGAUCUAUUAACAACCUAUGCGAGCGAGUCCCACCCGCCGGCUGCUGCCUCUCAAAUUCCACUGCCAGAACGCAGGGAAAUCGAAGCGUUCGCAAAGAUUGAGUUUGAGGACGGGAACUACUACAUCACCACCUAUGCGUGUGAAUUGGGCAGAGACGCUUUUGCAUACCGGGCAGCCCUCGCGAAGGCUGAAGAGGCGCGUCAGGCCGAGCAAGACCGUGCACAGAGCUCCAGUGGCAGACGGUCAGGUCUGUCGGAAGGCAUACCACGACCUGGCGACAGUCAAGUCCAAGGGAGUGUGGUCAGUGAAGCUGGUGGAUUCGGUGGUGUCGAUGACGGUCUGGGCAUGGAGAAUGAAAAAGGAGAGGAUGGCCGCCCCCUACACUCGCAGUCGUCGGAGAUGUCUGCCGGUAGUGUCGUCAAACCCCAGGAGGUCCUCUACAAUCCUCCUUUGGCCCCCUUCGAUUAUCAUAAAAUGGCGGAACGUCAAGCCCAACUCGAGAACGGCAUCGAGCAAGAGCCAGACAAUGAGCAGCCAGCCCCAGUGACAGCAGACCAUAUCCCGGAUGCCCACAAUUGUCCGCUCAUCCCUAUCCACGCCAUGCGCAAUCACCAAAAGUCCGAAUUGGAAAACCACAAGAGUAUCUCCCGACGGCACGUCAAGAUUCAAUGGGAUUUUGACAAGGAGCGCUUCCAGAUGAAAGUCAUGGGUAGAAACGGUGCCUUCUUGGACGACGUGUAUCUUCCACGCGGUCAAAUCAAACCUCUUCGCGACGGUUCCAAAAUACAAAUCUCGAAUGUCUGGAUGACUUUUAGACUGCCGAAGCAAGAAGCCGAGUCUGCGAGCGAUGGUUCAGGCCGGGAGGAGGUUGAGCAGCACAGCCCUUCCCGACCGCUGAGUACUUCGCCCAUAUCCAAUGAACCAGACAGGAGCGUUUCGCCGUCGAGAGUCGGUAGGGGCAAGACGAAGAUCAUCCUGAACACCAUUGAAAAACCAGCAGCCGCGAUUGUAGAGCCAAUUCUCGGGCCGGAUGGCCAGCCUUUGCCUCCGAAAAGGCGGGGACCUGGCAGGCCACCAAAGGAUGGGAUCAUGUCGACUCGAGAAAGGAAAGAGAGGGAGAAGGCGGCCAAGCUUGCGGAAGCGAAGGCCGCAAAUGGAGGGAAGACUCCUCCACCCAUGAUGCGGGGACCGAAGCCGGCCAGACCAACCCCCCAGGAGGAAGAAAUUGUGACUGAACCCAAACCCGAGAAAAGGAAAUACAAGAAGCGGAAGCGCAUUGGAGAAGACGGUGACAUCGUCCAAUCCAUCGAGGGCGGUGAGAUCGACGUGCCUAGUGAGCCCGAGAAGCCACCGCCCAUUAAGAAAGCCAGGUCGAAAUCUCCGAGUCCAGAAUACCCGCCUGCGGAGAGUUUGACUGAAGAACAGCUUGCCAGACCGUCAGAGCCCUAUGCCCGACUGAUCUACGACAUUUUGCUUGACAUCCACCCCAAGGCUCUUCCUCUGAAGCAGAUCUAUCGUGCCUUGAAGCUGAAGUUUCCUUUCUUCGUACACAGGGUGGACUCUGAAGGAUGGCAAAGCAGUGUCCGGCACAACCUGAACCAAGAAUGGAACAAGCUCUUUGAGAAGGGUGAGAAGGAAGGCAAAGGAUUUGCGUGGAAAGCGAUCCCUGGGGCGCUCCAGCCUCAAGCAGAGAGGAAGCGAGCAGCUCUACAGGCGGCAAUGGCCAAACCGAAGCCUACACCGGCGCCCCGUCCGACUCCACCUCAAGGUCCUCCUCAAAUGCUGAAUUGGCAGAAUAGCACCACAUAUUCUCAGCAGAACGGGGUGCCGCCUCAAGGACAUCCUCCGCCCUUCUACGGACAAGGUCAGUCGGGAUCCAUGCCACCACCUUCGAAUGGGAUGCCGUGGCCGCCUCCGCCAGGGGGAAUGCCGCCGUCGUCGAACUCAGCCUAUCCUGCAGGUCAAAACCGCCCUUUGUAUCCCCCGGCGCCGCCAGCAGGACAGUCACCCUUUCCACCGCAAUUGCAGCCUGGCUCUGUGCCAUCAGUAGGAUCUCAUCCGGCGCCAAGUCCAGUUGUGACACCAGCGCCUGCAUCAACGAUCCCCAUUCCCACGAGCUCGUCGGCAUCUAGGAAUAUGCCUUGCACCUUGGACGGUCUUAUCACCAUCAAGAAGUUCGAGAGCGCCAUGCUCGAACAGGUCCAUCCCGCGAGGGUCGAACAUUGGCAGAAGAUCUUUGCGUCUGCUACGCGACGGUUACUGCACGGCCAUCCUGAGUCUCUGGCGCCGGGUGGCCAUACCGUCGAAGAGGAAACGAUCAUGGAACACAUUCGAGAUUUUAUCCGGCGUUUCAAGAACCCCAACUUUGCAGGAUUUUCACGGACCGGCUCACCCGCGCCCGCCAAUCCGGUCAACAACAUGGGCACAAGAAACGGCACGCCGCACGCUGCAUCGCCAGCAACCACUACGCCCGGUCCUCCUCAAACUGCUCCUUCAGGAGUUGUGAACCCCACUCCCCAAGUCCAAGCAGCACAAAGUGAAGCUUCCGCGCCCUCGGCGAGCAAGGAGGAGGGGGCCACCGGGCCGUCGACUGGGGCAUCCACAAAUGACUCGAAACCCAUCAGUUAG